AGGCACAACUUAUUCCUUCUCAGUAUCGUCAAGCUGGAGUCCUCGCGAGAUGUGGAUUUUUAUCAAGUUCUCUCCAUAUCUCGGUCGGCGCCGCUCUCAGAAAUAAAGGCUGCAUACCACAAAAUGCUUCUACAGCACCACCCAGACAAGAGCACCCUUCGCAAGGAAGGCCAGACCCAAAUAGAUGUCACGGUAAUCAAGGAGGCGUACUUUAUCCUGUCAGAUCCUGUUUCACGGCACAGGUAUGAUGUGGAGAUCCUUCAGAAACGAAUCAGGGGACCACGUCCGGCACAGGUCAUCUCAUUGGAUGAUUUCGAUGAGCAACCGUCGAUAAAUGAUUCGGACCAUUCGGUCUGGACGUACAAAUGUCGCUGCAGCGGUGUCUACACAAUAACAGACGGAGAAAUGGAACUCGGACAUCAUUCUAUCGCUUGCAGCAACUGCUCCGAGGUCAUAUGGGUUGGAUACGAGCUUGCAGGGCAGGAAGAGGCUUGAAGGGUGGAUCACUACCAAUUGCAGUACUAGUUUAGUUCUGUAUUGUUGGUUGUUACUUGACGUUAAGGUCUGGGAAGUCCCUUUGUAACGAAGUUUGUGACUAAUGUGCAAAAAAUAGCAGCCCAAAUUCUAGAUGGGUACUAAACAGCGGGAGUCCAUCGGCGAAUUGCUCUAAUGACUAGACUGCGUAUGCACUCACUAAGCGGAUAGUCUAUUUCUUCAUCACUGAGGUACCACGUUUCUACAAAUGAUCCUAUCACACCGUCAUUCUCAAAGACCAUAUUAAAAACUCACUGUCACUUCCUGGUGUCUUAUCUGCAACCGUGUUGCCAUCUCCAAGCCAAUGAAGCCGGUUUGGGUCUAAUCGCUCGUAGUUGAAGUCUUCCCACCGAGGAUGCUUCAGGGCCUUUGUCGCAUGUAAAGUAGAGCCUUACGCGGAUCAGCAGAAUUUCAGCAGUUUGUUCUAAUCUUCUUACCUG